AUGCCGUCUGCGUCAGAGAUCGCAGACCGAGUGGGCAACACUGUGCCUCCAAAUGAAAUCCCGCUGUACGUAUGCAGCGGUAUCCACGACGAUGCUGUUGCGGAGGAGCAGCACUUUGAUCCGUUAACGAACCAAAGGCGUGACUAUUACACCGGGCUCUUCCACGAGCUCCGGUACUUCUCCAGCAAGAAGACCUCUUCUCGCAGCAAAGUGCCUGAGUGGCAGGCACUUUGUCAAAGUUGGAAUGCUUUUGUUGAGAACUUCAACAAGAAGCCGGCUGCUUACCGCGAGCGGGUUAAGCAUGCCCGUGAGCGCUGCGAGACAUUCUCGACGCGCGGGAGGCUGGAGCAGCUCCACAGAUCUUCUGUGGACGCUGGUAUUCCAUGCGCUGUGCCCGAAGGCCAUCAGUGCACGUUGUGUCUUCCGGGUGCGGCGCGCUUGAGCGACCGCGACUUAAACGGGUACACGACGAUUCGUGUACCUGCGAGUCUCAAGAAUCUCCGUGCCAAGUUCUUGGCACGUGAGGAGCGCGACGAUCGUGGGACUUCGGGCGCUGUAGGUGACCACAGCGCUCGCACUACCUUCGCGUCGGCAGUGCGUGGUGAGCUUUGUACGCUCUCACCAUUUCCGGAACGUCCAGCAGUAGGACGUUCCGCGGCUCCCAUCGUGUUGAGCCGCGGGCGUCGCGGAUCGGAGGCGGCGGUGGUGGGAACACGCCCCGGGUAUGGUCAACCUGGGGUUGACCUUGGCCCGACGCUCGAGGAGCGGGUCGCUGCUGUCGAACAGCAUCAGAGCCGGGAGUUCGCCGCUCUGAAGCAGGAGGUGGCGAUCCGGAGGGCUCGAGUCGCUCAGGGUUCGCAGACCGCGUCGGACAUCUCUGUCGACGUGGGAGGUCGCGUCGCACGCUUGGCCCAGCGCGUUCACGCGCUGGAGCAGAGGUUCACUCCCGCUGGGGCUUCCGCUUCGGGCCAGCCGAGCUAG